AUGUCGGGGCUCGAAGGUCUCGGCAUUGUAGCCAACGUUAUCGCCGUCGUAGACCUCUCCCUAAAGGUCAUCUCAUGGUGUUCCAAGUACGCUCAAGACGUCAAAAGCUCGCACGACGGCCGCGCCCGGCUCCUUCAGGCUGCCAUAACACUGCAUUAUGAGUCAGAAAAGAUCCACGAGCUCCUUUCGAGAAAAGGAUCCAAGCUACAGGCCUCCCAGAGACUUGACUCUGUGAUAGGAAGUAGUAGGAUUCAACUAUGCGAACUGGAAAGCCAGCUUUCGCAAAAAGGCAAUCGGCCAAACCUCAAAUGGCCUAUGCAAAAAGAAAAGGUCGAGAUUGCUAUCCAAAAUAUUGAGAAGACUACCAAGACUAUGCUAGAAAUGCUUCAGAUCGAUAUGGCGUGA